GCAACAAUGGCGGAAGCCAUGACUCGUCCUUUCUCAGAAAAUGGCAGGCCUGCACUCCAUUAUGAGCUCUCUGCAACUUCCUGGAAUCUCUGAAAAAUCUCUUACCCCAUAGUCAUUGCUCUCGACCGUCGUCAACCUGUUCAUACUCCACAUACUUCAAACUUCGGGGUGACAAAUUAAGGGAAUCUGUGAAACCACUCUUCUGAGUUUCAGGGAGCUGUUCAUGGCUUCAUCUGAGGACGAGGGUGAAAUUGUUCCUGAAUGCAUCACCAAUUACCUGUUCUACGACUCCAAUGGUAUACCUGCUUCAUUUGCUCUUUUGCCUCUUCAGUGGGAUGCUUCUAGCGGGGGUUCUGAUUCAUCAAGCACCCAUCUAUUCAUAUGUGGAGUUGAAGAUGAAGGGAUCCAAAAAAUGUACAAGAAGGUUGUGGCAUGGAAAUUUGAAUUUUCCUAUUACCAGCCAGAAAUUUAUGUGCUGCUUCCCAAAUACAAUAUCUGGGUAAAGCUAUUGAAACCCAAGAAGAGUUAUGAGGUGCUCAUCAAACCUGCCUUGACUGUUGUCCACUGUCUAAAUUUUGUGAAAUAUAACCCUCUGGGAUCUAGAGAAGCUCUAUGGAAUCACAUUAAGAAAACCUUAAGUGCAUAUGAGGUUCUUCCUUGUGAAGAUGAUCUGUUGAAACACUUGUCUGUACUCAGAGACACUGCUCUUAGGGACAAAGAUGUAUCAAAAUCUCAGUACUUGGCUGGAUUUCUUGAGGAGACAUCUAUGGACCAUACAGGUGCUUGUGAGGUAUACAAAGCAUCUAAGAGACGGAAAUUUAUAGUUGAUGAGGACAACAGUAGUAGUGACGAUGGUGAUGAUGGCGAUGAUGAUGAUGAUGCAGAUGAUGACGACGAAGAAGAUGCAAUAUUCGAUCAUGUAUGCGCGCUUUGUGAUAAUGGGGGCGAACUUUUGUGUUGUGAAGGUAGAUGCAUAAGAUCCUUCCACCCAACUAUAGAAUCCGGUGCUGAUUCUCUUUGUGAGUCUCUUGGCUAUACUAGUCAGAGAGUAGAAGCAAUUCAGAAAUUUAUUUGCAAAAACUGUCAAUAUGGGCGGCAUCAGUGCUUUGCAUGUGGCUUAUUGGGUUGCUCUGACAACUCUUCUGGGGCAGCUGAGGUGUUUCAAUGUGUAUCUGCAACUUGUGGCCAUUUCUAUCAUCCAAAGUGUGUGUCAGCGCUAGUGUAUCCAUCUGAUAAAGCUCAGGCCAAGAAAUUUGAGAAAGAAAUUGCAGAUGGAGAACCAUUUACAUGUCCUGCUCAUAAAUGUGUUUCAUGUAAACAAGGAGAGGAUAAGAAGGUCCAUGAAUUGCAAUUUGCUGUUUGCAGACGCUGUCCCAAGGCAUACCAUAGGAAAUGUUUGCCAAGGAGUAUUACUUUUUCUGAUAGCCAAGAAGGCGAUGGAAGGGCAUGGGAUGGACUAUUGCCUGGUCGUAUCUUGAUAUAUUGCAUGGAACACAAGAUGAUUCCUGCAAUCGGCACUCCACGAAGAGAUCAUAUCUUAUUUCCUUAUGAAGACCGUAAAGAUAAGCAGAAUUCUGGUCAAAUGCCAGGAAAAGAAACUGUGCUCUCUGAUAGGAGAAGUAAGAUCUAUGGAGGUCUGAAAAGAAGUGUGGAAGGAGAACAUGAGAAACAAGUCCAGAGGUUUUCUGGAGAACAAAUAAAAAGAGACAGGAACCCACUGAAAGUAGCUCCAAUGUUGCCAUCGCGGCCAUCAUUUCUUAAGAUCCCCAAAAUAACAAUCAAGCGUGCUGGUAUCGACAUAAGCAAGUCCAGAGAAGCCGUUCCUAUGAGGUUGAUUUCUAAGGAGCAAAAUGUGGUGAAAAAUGAAAUGAUGGUGAAGGAAAACAGUGAAUGGCCUUUGCGGGAUGAGACAAAGAAGAGAAUAUUUGCACUCGUGGAAAGUGUUGAUUCUUCCUUUGAUGAACAUGAAUAUAUCGUGGACCAUAAAAGGAAAAGCAUUCAUACUUUUUCCUCGAGAUUUGAUGAUGCAAAGACCAUUACUGAAGUCAAAGUGGAGCGUGCUGUGCAGGCUGUGCGAGCAGCCCUGAGAAAACUAGAAGAAGGGCACAGUAUAGAAGAUGCCAAAGCUAUUUGCGAACCUGGGGUUCUCAGGCAUGUUUUCAAAUGGAAGAAGAACUUAGGUUCUUAUAUCUCUCCUUUUCUCAAUGGCAUGCGGUAUACAUCUUUUGGCCGACACUUCACAAAACUUGCCAAAUUAAAAGAGAUUGUUAAUAGGCUCCGGUGGUAUGUACAAGAUGGCGACAUGAUCGUGGACUUUUGUUGUGGUUCAAAUGAUUUCAGCAUCCUGAUGAAAGAGGAGCUUCAAAGAAUGAGGAAAGUCUGUCAAUUCAAAAACUAUGAUCUCAUACGACCUAAGAACGAAUUCAACUUUGAGAGGAGAAAUUGGUUGAGUGUUGAAGUUGGAGAAUUACCUGAAGGGUCUAAUUUGAUCAUGGGGCUAAAUCCCCCUUUUGCCAAUGCCUAUGAGUUCCUGAAUCAAGCUCUAAAGUUCAGACCAAAGCUUCUAAUUGUCACUGUCCCUAAGAGCACUAAAAGGCUUGACAAGAGAAAGGAUCCAUAUGAUAUAGUCUGGGAAGAUGAAGAAAUACUGGCUGGCAAGUCGUUUUACCUGCCCGGAUCAUUGGACGUGCACGACCAUCAGAUGGAAGGGUGGAACAAAAAGUCGCCACCGUUGUAUUUAUGGAGCCGUCCUGAUUGGACCGCUGUGCACAAGGCGCUGGCUCUCAAGCACGGCCACAUUGCCGAACCGGACCAACCUGUGAAUGAAGUCGGGACACCCGGUUUUUCGAAUGUCACAGGUGGUGUGCACAGUAGUGUGGUUGAGCUCCGGGAGCCAUCAAGUGACAUGGAAAUAUCUGUUUAAUUAGAAUUUUAAGGUUAGUUGUUUCAUCAGUCACUUGUUUAAUUUUUCAUCUCUAACUUUAAUUAUCCAAUCAGAAAAAAUUUGUGUGUCCCUA